CAGCACUCGAUCAAGGUGGCAGAGGGAGCCCUCCUGGGUUUCUUUCCAGCCGCCUGGUUCUCUGCAUCUUUCCAGCCUGGCAAGCGGCAAGAUUGCUCCAGUCAGAGCCGGUUUGGCAUCCAGAGCUUGUUCUGAGAUGAGGCAAAGGGACCCCCGGCCUGACAAGCGUCUGCCCCCCCUUGCUCAGAGCUUUGGGACAGAGGACCUGACUGGUGGCACCUGAGUCUGCUUUCUGCUUGGCAUCUGGAUGGUUGCUACCGGCAUGGAGAGGAUCGGAGUGAACCUGGCUCGGUAAACCUGCAGGCCAGCUGGUGUUCCAGACCAUGGACUCUCUGAGACAAGCUGAGGUGUGAAAAUGUCGAACGGAAACCGGGCGCUGGUGGUAGACUUUAUUUCCUACAAGCUGUCGCAGCGGGGCUACAACUGGAAUGAGAUCGAGGGGGAGACGGAGAACCGGACUGAGCUGGCGGAAGACAUGGGCGGCGGCGUCCUCAACGGGAGCCCCUCGUUGCACCCCAGUGCCAGCCCCGUGGUCAACGGAGCCACCGGGCACCUGAGCAUCCUCGAAGGUCACGAAGACAACCCUCAGUGGGAUGUGAGGCAGACGUUGCGGGAGGCAGGGGACGAGUUUGAACUGAGGUACCGGCGGGCGUUCAGCGACCUGACCUCCCAGCUCCACAUCACCCCGGCCACGGCGUACCAGAGCUUUGAGCAGGUGGUGAACGAACUCUUCCGAGAUGGGGUGAACUGGGGACGGAUUGUGGCGUUUUUCUCCUUCGGAGGAGCCCUGUGCGUGGAGAGCGUAGACAAGGAGAUGCGAGUGUUGGUGGGGCGGAUCGCCAGCUGGAUGACCACGUACCUCACUGACCACCUGGACCCGUGGAUCCAAGACAACGGCGGCUGGGAGCGCUUUGUGGAUGUCUACGGCAACGACGCGGCGGCCAAGAGCAGGAAAGGCCAGGAACGCUUCAACAAGUGGCUCUUGACGGGGGCCACCGUGGCCGGCGUCGUCCUCCUGGGGUCCCUGCUGAGCCGCAAAUAGACAGAGACGGACUCCCGUCCACCCACCAUCCCUCUCGGCGCGCGAGCACUUUGCCACCAUGGCCGAGACUCAACCUUGUGAUCAUUCCAGGGGGUGGGGGGUGGGAGAGGGGGGCCACUGCAUUACAAACCCCCCACUCUUAACCCCAGGUCUCAUUCCCCCACCCCCCCCC